AUGUCUGCCACGUUUGUGAUCAGCGGCGACGAGGAAGCAACCGGGGGUGAGGUCAUCACAGUCUACCACCGACCACAGAAGAGCAGUAUCACAGAAGUCACGGAGGUCAACACCGCCGAGAUCAGCCUCGCAGACAAUGAGCAACGUGCUCUAGUAUUUUCAGAUCAUUCCGUCAGGAAGGAAUGCCGAGAGAUUCGUCUCUUGGUGCUCCUGCCAGCUUCAAAUCCACAAGAUGAGGUGCGGUGCGAAUUUCGCGUUGCACCUUUAGGGACAUCCGGCGAGAAAGGCCCAACGCCACACGCCUUACACUACGAGGUUUUAUCCUACACCUGGGGAGAGUCAAAUACCAACCGAUCAAUCACUCUUUGCGGCCAGACAAACUUCAAGGUCACGGAUAAUCUCUACUCCGCACUGGUUCGGCUACGCCAGACGGAAACGAACAGGAUCCUCUGGGUCGAUGGUUUGUGCAUUGACCAGGACAACAAUGCCGAACGGAACUGGCAAGUAGCUCUCAUGGCCCAAACCUUAAAGGCCGCCGACACAGUUAUCGUCUGGCUCGGGGACUACGAGGCCCAGUACGAGCCUACUGCAAAUCGAGAAAGGGAGCGGCAACUAUGGCUCAGGCAAAGCUGCAGAGCCUUGGGACGCGCACUAUACGAGCCUCUCUGGUCUGAAUGUGCCUGGUCUAUCCAGGCAGCUGUCCUUUCAGCCGUUCCACCGACAUUCCAAUUCGGCUCCAUCACCUGGAGCUGGGAACUUCUCAGUGAGGAGUUCACCCAGUGGCCAUGGCCAAAGAUGCCACGCGAUGCUCUUGAAAAGCUUCGAACACUCCGAGCUCAAGUAUUUGAACUGGAAAGGAUACGGAAUCAAGCGGCAUACAGCACAACCGGAGAACCAGCAAACACAGCCGGCUUAAUACAGUUCCUCCCGAGCCUGGCAGGCCGUGAGGCUGCGGACCCUCGGGACAUGGUUUACUGCCUCCUCGGGCUGAUCAAGGAAGAAGAGAGCGACCUCAUCACCCCGAGCUACGACGAGCCACCCGCCCAGUGCUAUAGCAAAGCAACUUUCGCCAUUGUCUCGUCCGAGAAACACCUCGCCUGCAUCGGCUUAGCACAGCACGGAGACAUGCCAUCAUGGGCCAUGGACUUCACCCUCUCGGGCUGUGAAGUCGACAAUGCUCAGCUAGAGCUAGCAAGAAGCACUUUGUCGAAGAUGAGACGCCGGGAAAUAUGGCAUGACUACAUGAUCGAGGCACCACCACCGCCAUCGCUCAGCGAGGACGCUUCCAGACUUCGACUCUCGGGCUUCAUUCUGGACCGCGUGGUCAACAUGACCCGUGCAUCUUCGGUUGCCAAUCAUCGCUGCGAGACAUGCCUCGGCCUCGAAGAAUACCGUUCGUCUCUCCAAGGUCUCUUCUCAUCGAUGCCAAAGGUGCACCCCCGUCAAGCUCUGAUGCAGGGUGACCGCCCCGACAUCAUUGAGCCAGGCCUUGCAAGUCCUGACUGGACAAGUCUCAAGCCUGUCUUCGAAUACCAGCUGCUCGACACCGAGAGACUCGGUUUUCACCUUGCUAGCGCCUGGUACACAGCAACAGGCCUCGAGAGCCCCUUCCUGACCAGCCUUUGGUGGAAGAGCAUUCUCGACUAUACCAAGAUCAUAUCGGAGCCUGAGCCCGUGUGGUUCAGGACAUCAUAUGGCUUUGUGGGCUACAGUCCCAGACUUAUUGAGCCUGACGAUGUGUUGUGCCUGGUGACUUCCAACACACACCCGAUGGUUCUCAGAAAGACUGGAAGCGGAUACACCUUUGUUUGUUUCGCUUGGAUUCCGGGCCUAAUGAACCAUGAGAUCGACGGUAUUUUGUAUGAGAUAGGCGCGACUGAUAUUGAGUUAGUCUGA